AGAAGAAAAAGAGAAAAUCUAGCCUGACUUUGCCUCUUGGAAAGCUUUAGGUUGCAGCCCUGCCUUCCAAGCAUUCUUUAAAGUAGAAAUGUGGGAGGGACUCCAGGAGAGAGAGAGAGAUGGCUAUCAACUGAAUUCAUUACUGUAAACAUCUCCCUGGGGUGUCAGGCAGGGAGGAAAAAAAGGCACGACUUACAUUAGCAGGGAAUAGUGAGAUGUGAGGCAUCACUACUGCUAAGAUCAUCCUGCAAUCCCGGCUGGAGACAGGCGCAGGACUUGGAGAGAGCCAGACACACGCUCACAUAUAUACUUACGUACAUGUGUCCGAUGUCUACUCCGACUUACGAGGGUCCUGGGUCGCCGUGCCUGCUCCUCAUGUGAUCUUUUCAUCAUUUCCAGAGAAUAGAAAGAGACCAGAAAAAAAAAAAAAAAAAAAAAAAAAAAAAAAAAAAAAAACAACCAAAAUAAUCCAGAAAGAAAGAAACCCCAAGACCAAGCGUAGCCGCGGUCCCCUCUCGUUUAUUUUUUUACCGGAGAAGGAGGAACGGCGGGGGAAAGAGAGAGCGAAUCGAGGAGAGAAAGUGCGUUGGGAAUGCCAGAGCCGCGGGCUGCGCGCCGGAGGAGGAGGUGGCGGAGCAGGGGCCCCGGGCGAUCUAAAGCCGCGGUGCCCUUUGCCUGCUCCCAGAUGGCAAAGUUGAGGAGCCUGGAUCAGGCUGUGUCAGAAACACCGCCUUCGCCACGUUAGAGCCCCAUGUCCGCGGCGCCGGGCACACACGAGUAGGAUUUAUGAAUGGCCGGCGGCAAGUGCUAGCAGGGUCCCCGAGCUGUUCUGCGCCAGCGUGUGGCUCAGGAGCGGGACUCGGAGCUGGCAGCUGCAGCGAGGUCCCGGGUCCCCGGUCGCGUUUCACCGCCGAGCAGGGAGGGUGCCGAGCCUACCCCCUCCCCCCGUGGGGAGGGGAGAGCCGAGGACUACCCCUGCGGCAGGGGCACCGGCAGAGCGCCCCUGUGAGCACCGCCAGCCGCUCUCUCUGGGAGGUGGUUCGGGCAAACGGGACCUUUAGAGGUGAGCCUUGCUUGGGAGACGAACUCGGCUUAGAUCGGCGCUGCCGAGUGUUAGGAAUCUACGGGGAGAGUGGAGAGCUGCGCCCGGCAGGAGGAUCCAUCAGAUCCCCAUCAGCAGCCUCCGGAGCGGGGCUGGCGAAUAUAUGCCCAGAAUAUAUAUUAAUCCACAUCUGUGUAAAUCCAGAUCCACCUUUACUACUUUCCUGAAUCCAAGGAGCCAGGGUGGUUGGUGGGAACUUGGCCAAGCAGAGGCAGACCAGAUCUGGCAGAUAGUGAAUAUGAGGACUUUGCUGACUUCAGAAAGCUGACAGAAGCCAACAGACUUCAGUGAAAUACACCUCCAAGCACAGACUUUUGGUAGCUUUAAAGUAACCUGUGGUUCAUUUGCAAAGACAUGGCUACUGGUUCUUUCAGCAUGGAGGAAGACAACAAACAUUGUAAUCCUGGCUCAUAAGACUGUGUUUUCCUUAUCAGAAGUAGGAGGCAGGCCAAUUAUAAAAGGAUUAUUUUAUGCUUAGCCUCCAGGACUUUAAUUCUGGCCUGAACACUGGACAAAAAAUUUUAAUGACCUGAGAUUUUGUUACCUGUGCAUUAUUAUUGUUAUCAGUUCUUAAACACUUUGGUACUUUAUUUGUUUAAAUUAGACAUGGGUUUGUGGACUAAAAUGUGGCCCACAGAUUGGGCUCUUCUCAUGAAAUCAUGGCUUAUCUUUUCCCUGGGGCUCUACAUACAGGUCUCCAAAACUUUGGCCUGCCCAAAAGUUUGCCGCUGUGACCGAAACUUUGUCUACUGUAAUGAACGAAGUUUGACCUCAGUGCCUCUUGGGAUACCGGAGGGUGUAACCGUCCUCUACCUCCAUAAUAACCAAAUUAAUAAUGCUGGAUUUCCUGCAGAGUUGCACAAUGUCCAGUCUGUGCACACAGUCUACCUGUACGGCAAUCAAUUGGAUGAAUUCCCCAUGAACCUGCCCAAGAAUGUCAGGGUUCUCCACCUGCAGGAAAACAACAUUCAGACCAUUUCACGUGCUGCUCUUGCUCAGCUUUUGAAGCUGGAAGAACUGCACCUGGAUGACAACUCCAUCUCCACUGUUGGCGUUGAGGAUGGGGCAUUCCAGGAAGCCAUCAGCCUCAAGCUUCUGUUCUUGUCUAAGAAUCACUUAAGCAGUGUGCCAGUAGGCCUUCCGCUGGACUUACAAGAACUUCGUGUAGACGAAAACCGAAUUGCCGUCAUUUCAGACCUGGCCUUCCAGAAUCUUACAAGUCUGGAGCGUCUGAUCUUGGAUGGCAAUCUCCUCACUAAUAAAGGCAUAGCUGAAGGCACUUUUAGUCACCUCUCCAAGCUCAAGGAAUUCUCAAUAGUUCGGAAUUCACUGACUUACCCUCCUCCCGAUCUUCCAGGUACACAUCUGCUAAGACUUUACUUGCAGGACAACCAGAUAACCCACAUACCACUUACAGCCUUUUCAAACCUCCACAAACUGGAACGUCUUGAUAUUUCCAACAAUCAACUUCGGAUGUUGGCAAAGGGAGUAUUUGAUAAUCUCCAUAACCUGAGACAACUCACUGUAAGGAAUAAUCCCUGGUUAUGUGACUGCAGCAUUAAGUGGGUCACUGAAUGGCUCAAAUUUAUUCCAGCUUCCAUCAAUGUACGUGGUUUUAUGUGCCAGGGACCAGAGCAGGUCCGAGGUAUGGCAGUCAGGGAGCUCAAUAUGAAUAUGUUGUCAUGCCCCACCACUACCCCUGGUCUGCCACUUAUCAUCACCCCAGUCCCAGCUACAACCAUGCCGACUACAUUAGUUCCCAGCCCAUCAUUUCCUCCCUCAAGUAGUAAAUAUAAUCCUCUCACUCCCAUCAUAGCCACACUCCCCACUGUGCCUGACAGGGAGGACAGAGAAAGGGUGACACCUCCUUUGUCUGAAUGGAUUCAGCUCUCCAUCCAUUUUGUGAAUGACACUUGCAUCCAAGUCAACUGGAUGUCACUUUUUACCGUGAUGGCAUACAAGCUCACAUGGGUUAAAAUGGGCCAUAGUCUGGUCGGAGGAAUUGUUCAUGAACGAAUAAUUAGUGGUGAGAAGCAGCAAUCAAGCUUGGUAAAUCUGGAGCCCAAAUCCACUUACCGUAUUUGUUUGGUUCCCCUGGAUACUUAUAACAACUACCGGACUGGAGAAGACACUGUCUGUUCAGAAGCCACAACCAAGGCUUCCUUUUUCAAUGGCAGCAACAUCCCUUCCAGCCAUGAGCAGACGACUUCUCAGAAUCUGGGCUCCCCAUUUCUGCUGGCAGGGUUGAUUGGGGGUGCAGUGAUAUUUGUCCUCGUGGUCUUGCUCAGCAUUUUUUGCUGGCACAUGCACAAAAAAGGUCGUUACACCUCCCAGAAGUGGAAAUAUAACCGGGGCCGUCGGAAAGACGACUACUGUGAGGCAGGGACCAAGAAGGACAACUCCAUCCUGGAGAUGACGGAAACCAGCUUCCAGAUUGUCUCCUUAAAUAAUGAUCAGCUCCUUAAAGGAGAUUUCAGACUGCAGCCCAUUUAUACCCCAAACGGGGGCAUUAACUACACAGACUGCCACAUCCCCAACAACAUGCGAUACUGCAACAGCAACGUCUCAGACCUGGAGCACUGUCAUACGUGAUAGUGAGGGACAAUGGGGGUCUCUAGGACAAGGAGAAAAAACUCUAGAAAAAAUAUGCCCCCCAAGAAUAAUGAAAAAAAAUUACAUUUGAUAAAUGUUAUACAGAUGCAUUUAUGCAUUUGAAUACUCUGUAAUUUAUACGGUGUACUAUAUAAUGGGAUUUAAAAAAAAAGUGCUAUCUUUUCUAUUUCAAGUUAAUUGCAAAUGGUUUUGUAACUCUUUGCUUUUUAAAUCUUUAAAAACUAUUGCUGAGUACUGUACAGGGUUGUACAAUAAGAACCCAAUGUCAUGGCAAUGGAAAGAAUGACUCAUUCUUCAAACAUUAACCACUUUGCUGUCGAAGCAGUCUGAGGGAUGUUAAGUUUCUAGGUGUCCUGGAAUACAGGAAAAUAAGUGCAUAUUAAAACAGGGUCACUAGGAACAGACAAAAGCAAUUCAGAUAAAAUGGGCACAAUCCUUCUGACAUGAACCCAGCAGUUGCUGUUGAGCUUCAAACAAUUGGAAAUACAUCCCUUCCUCUUUGUCAGGUCUGCACUUCUCACCUCCAACUGAGAGCUGGAGUUCUGAGAGCUGCCAAAAAAGCUACUCUCUUGUUUGAUUAGUUUUCUUUCAAUCUACUUGGAAUAGGAAACAUGGAAAGAACUCAGUGUCAAACUCAAAGUGACCUUGAUUCCUAUUUGCAAAAGUUGCUCUGAAAAUGUCCCCAAUACUACAUACUUUAUCUCAGAAACUGUUUGUGCUUUUCAUUAGGAUUAAGAAGUUUUAGGUGUUCUCUGACCCUUCUCAGUGAGAGGUGAAGCUUAUGUAAGAAUAUGUAACAGAGAGCUGUCAUUAAGUCGCACCUCUUAAUAGAGCAGCAUUUGUUGACAUAGCAUGUUCAGGUAAAGCCAGAAUGAGGGAAAUUCUGAGUGCUCCCAGCUCUGCGGUAUUCAUGUGCGUGUUCAUGUAAUCUGAAAUCAAAUAGUGUGUAUUGCUGAAUACAUAGUGCAAAAUAUAAUGGAAAUGGAAAUGUUUUGCUAAUAAUUUUUAUGGUUCAAGCCUUGUUUGACUUAAGGGCCUGAAUUAUGUUCAGUAUGGUGAAAUAGGGGAAAAAAAGACAAAAAGGGAAAACAAACAAGAAAUAUAUUGUAAAAAAUUAUUUAGUACUGGGAAGACCUCGAGGGCUUUUAUAAACUGAAAUAUCUUCAGUGGGGAAAAUCAUGUACAAAUCUUUGUGAGUUUUGUUUGUUUGUUAGUUUUGCUUUUUUUCCUUUCCAAUUAAAGUAUACAGAGACUGACAUUAGCUAAGCAUUUGAUUGACUGGGAAAUUUUGAGAACACAGGUAUACAGUGUCCCUCUGAAUUACUCUUCUUUUACCUUAAGCAUUUUCAAGUUUUCCAUAAUGAUUUGUGCUUCACAAGCAACAGUCUGCUUCACAAGCAAUAGCUGGGUUUAGAAUUUGCUUUUUCAUAUCCUCAGAUUCUUCUCAGUCCUUGAGCUUUACAUGCACUAUGCAAAAUAUCAUGCUUGUAUUAAAACCAUAAUGCAGCUCUCAAAAUUAUGUAAUAUUUCAGCCACUCUGGUAACUCAGUGACUGCCAAGAACUGUGGUGGAGUCUCAUUAUUUAGGGGUUUUCAGCUUGCUUUUUUAAUAUAGCUAAUUUUCUCCUGAGUUUGGGUACAAGCUAAAACUACAUCACAUAGGGGAAAAAAAAAAAAAAAAAAAAAGAAAAAAGACAAAACUUCCCUAUGGUAGUAGGGAACCAAAGUGAGAAAGUUUUACAGUGAUCACCUAAGGAUAGACAGAAAGUUGCUGCAUGUGGAUUGGAAGUAAAAGCUGAAGCACUUUCAUAGUGGAAUGCUCAGACUUUCCACUUUAUGAAGCUCCUUUUGCUGGAAGAGAAGGUUUUAAUCCUUUCCUUCACUCAUUUCACUCAACCCAUGCUUGAAACUCAGCCAUCUAUGAGCAUGUAUUUUCUGUAAUUCAGAUCACAUGAUAACACUAAUUUUCUCCAAUGACAAAACAAACCCAGUUAUGACUGAUGGCAAAGUAUGACCAUUUUGUAAGGAACCACAUCCUGCCACCAACACCUUUUAAAAAAAUCACAUCUUGAAAUUACAGUCUAAUUUCUAUAUAUUAGCUAUUUUCUCCAGAUAUAGCGGGUAUUCUAAGCAACCUUGUGGCUACUGUAAUAGUUAAGUCACUACUUAACAAUAAUUUUGCAGAUUAAAAGUUUACCAUAUGAUUUCAAAUAGCAUAAUUCUCCGUAUAAAUGUCUAUGCAAAGUGGAUGGGGUUUUUCUGUCAUCUAUUUACCAAUAAUAAGGUUUAUACUUUUGGGCUUUGGUUUUGAUGGUUUCUUUGGUUUUGUUUUGUUGGUUUUUUUUUGGUUUU